AUGUUCAGAAAGAUAUUUCAUUCCACUACUGUGGGGAAGCCUGGUGAAACCCCGAAAGCCUGUCUGGUUAGCGAGUCUUCUGUUUCUGAGGAGUCUGAGAUCAUCACUCCUGGAGAGAUCCCAAACCCUGAAAGACGAUUUUUCCUUCGCAGACCACUGAGGCUUAAGCCAGCAUCGCGCGAGAACCAGCUGUCAUACUUUCGGACUUUAGAUCCCUUUGAUAUCAAGCUGAACUUGAAAAGAUCUAAUAGUUUCUCUUUCAAGUCCAAGCUCGACAACUCAGUACAGACAACACUCGGGUUACCCAGGAGCAAGUCUGUGCACUUUGCGGACAACUUGACUACUUAUCACGAAUUCAAACCUCACUUUGGCAAGGAUAUUGAUGAAAUGGAAUCAGCAUUCGAGGAAUUUCGUAAACGAAAGCAAAAUGAGCCAGCAGCUGAGAGUGAAAGUGAAGAGAGUGAAGAUAGUGAAGAUGAGGAGAGUCUUGAAACCAAAGAGAGAGAUAGUGACGAGCUCAAAACUCAAAACGUUGCCAAGACGUAUGCGGUAAAAGACAAUACAGUGAACUUCAAAACCUCUGUUGGAGACCAGAAAAUUAGCCAGAAAACCAAUGUUGCUGAUGUGAACACGAAAUUUAAAGAUGGAAUAGAUAUAGCUGGCAAAUAUCUACAGAGCGUCUUUGAAGACUCUACUGCCGAAAGACAAUUGGGCAAGGCUCAAAGCACUUUUGGCGGCUUUGACAACUCCGAUUCCACUGACGUUGAUCUGGUAAGCGAAAAGGGUAGAAAGGACGGUUAUCUCUAUGAAAUUUACGAGCAGUUGUGUGGCUUAAGAGACAUCAAGGCAAAAGAAGAAGCAGCAUGUGACCCCCAGCAGCUCAAAUCCGAGAUUCGGUGUGGAGUUGCAGAUAUUGGUGACUCUCUCAGUGGCUGCCGGGAUCAACUUGAACAAUCCAACAGCGAAGUAAGAAAACUCAGAUAUAUUUUGCAACAGACUACACAAGAGCUUGAGGUAAGGACCAUUCUUGCAAAUCAAACAAAGACUUUGUCCAAAACACUCAAACAGUCCCAGGAGUCAGUCCAAGACAAAAUGGAUCAAAUCAAAAGCCUUACGGCGAAAAUUGAAGAAAUUGAGAAAGACAAGGCGAUCGAAGCGACCAUAUACGUAUCCAACACAAAACUUAAAGCUGAAAUUGAGGAACAGCUUCGUGAAAGCAGAAUUCAAGUGUCAAAUUUACAAGAAGAGUUGAAAAAUGUCCAAAGCUUGCAAACCACAGACGAGUCGAGUGAAAAAGAAAAGAGUGAGUUAGAAGAACAAUUGCGUCAAGCGAAGAAAGCAGCCUUGGAUUUGCAAGCUUUCCAAGAGGCCGAAAAGGCAGUCUUACACGAGGAGUACACCAGAGAGCAAAGUCGAGUCAAAGCUUUGGAGCAGGAAGUCAAAGAGAAUUUGCUCGUGAUUCAAGAAAAAGAUGCGGCUCUCAAAACUCAAAAGGCGAUCAAGGACCAACAACUCAAUGAAGCUUCAUUGAUGAUAAACGAGGUGGGUUUGAGAUACGAAGAGAAGAAGUCACAGGUUGUCAAAAUAUUGGAAAACCUCGAAUGCUUGCGUUUUAGUCAAACAAACAAUCAGAGGCUUUCUUCGUCGCACAGUGGCACCCAGGAGAGAAAAUCAUCACAUAUCGAACCCAAAUUUCCAUCACCAAACCUCGAGCUAGACCUUGAAUCUGAUAUCAUCACCAAUAUCCAGAAAGGAAUCGCGAACUUGAUGACAAAGCACUUGGAGAGUUCAAAACAUUUGGAAGAAGUCACAACCUCCAACAAAAUCGCAGUGGAGGGUUUGACCACCCUCAUCAAGGGAAGUUUUGAUAUUCUUGCCCCAAUUUUACACAGAGACUGUACUGAACAGUUUCAAAAUUUGUACGACGAGUUUUCGCAGAAUGAGGUGUUGAGUCAGCAAAGAAAAUGUCUUGUCACGGUCUUGAGCAAUUUCGUUUUAAACUCGCAGCGUGAACUUUUGCUUCAGCACAGCAAAAACGAACAAAUGCUAGAGACUGAGAUCAAAGACAGGCUCAAGUACCAACAGCAAGUCUUAGACUCUUUUACAAAAAUUGCGACGAAAAUUCUGGACCGUGGUCCCCGUGUCUCAGGAAUUCGUGGUCACUCCUCUCCAAAAAAAUUCAAGUCGCUUUCUCGAAAUAGCUAG